AUGGGCAGGGAGAGUAAGGCCAUCAUGUGGAAAGCACCUUACAGACCUGAGAUAGCACGAGCAGACGACAUCUCAGUCACCGUCUCCUUCCUUCGGAAUGAAGCAGCCAUGGAGCUAUGGGAAGGCAGGAGAGAAUACUGCAUAGAUGGCAGAUCGUUUCGAGCCACAGAGGUGAGCAUUGCACACGACCGGUCGUUCAAGCUUCGAGCCAAGCGAGGACCUUGGGGCAAGGGAGGGAGCCUUGCCGAGCUAUCACAGCUCUUAGCUCUUGGAGGAAUGUUCGCUCAGAUCUAUCGAUUUCAGCUGCUCUCGCAAUCUCUUGCAGCCGCAGAGGUACAACCGCUUGCGGGCAUGCUCGUGCAGGGUCCUGGGCAGAGAGGUCGCAAGGGGCCGAGCCCGAAGACGUAUGUUGCUGUUGGGGCAAGUACUGGAACUCUCCAGCAAAAAGAGCUGGAGUGGGUGCUCAGCUCGCCUUCGACGGCAAGUUGCGAGCAGACCUUGGCCUCGUUCAGAGAGAGCGAGGCGAUGGAGGGGGUACAUCUCACUCUCAUCAGCGACGACGCCAAGCUCAGAGAGACGUUUGCAGUCGAGCUCACAGCCGACACCUUCGUGCCGAGGGGAAAGAUCGCUAAGCAAAGGAGGGCACUUCGCGAGAGAGAUCAUGCGGGGCGCAGCAGCUUCAGAGUACAGAUCAAGUCGAGGUCAAGCAUGAGCACAGGCCGCUUCUCGAGGAAGGAGAUGGAAGCGCUGUGCGGAGGAGGUAACACAUCGAUCACGAGAGUCAAGCGAGCCAUGUUGGAGUUAGCAAGAAGGAUAGGCGUGACGCCGGUCAGCGUCGAGGUCGAGGAGGAUCGUGACACGCUCAGCUGGGAUGGGAGCCUGAUAGCUCUCUCCCUGGCGACCAAGGCAGAGGCUCGACGCUUGAUGGAAGACAUGCCCUUCUACUUGGAAGGGAUCCUGGAAGUCAAGCUCGAAGCGGUGGGGUUCAAGCUCAACGGGCCUCAGCAUGAGGAAGAGAGGAGCCCGAGCAGCGAGGAGCAAGCCCAAGAGCCCCAAGCCGGGCAGCAGCAAGGCGCUGGAUGGCUGGAGCUCAGCGACAUCGACAGGAUCACCAUGGAAGCAGCGUCGCCGUCAGGGCCAGUCGAUCAACAGGUCUUGCUCGACCUCUCGACGAUGCUCUUGGAGACAUCAGAGGAGGAGCUGCUAGCUGGCAAGCCGAUCUCUCUGGAGCUAGACAAGAGUGUUGGCAAGCUGCAUGACACCUUCUGCUCGCCGGGCAACGUGGAGUUCAUGACGCUCGGAGCUUGGGCAGCCACGCUGACGCUGGGAUCGAAGCGAAACAUGUUGAAAGAAAAGCUCAGAGCGUACCUCGGCGAGCAGCGCUGGACACGGGAGGCCGAGAGCGAUGACAUCGAGAGUCGAUCUGUAAGCCUCUUGUUUCUUGCGAUCAGUAAAUUUCAUAGCGUUGACAUUUUGCUUUUUGUUCUUUAG